UCAUCAGCUCUACCAAGCCACCAAGGACACCCUCUUAGCCAUCUGCAUUGCACUGCUGAACACAUCCUGAGAAACAUGGAGUGUGAGCUAAAAAAUAUUCUACUGAGACCUGGAGAUCAACUGAAAAUACAGGGGAUAGUUGUCAGUGAUGCAAACAGGUUCCAGAUUGAUCUUGGAGCUGAUUCAGAUAACCUAGCCCUGCAUUUCAACCCACGCUUCAAAGAUGAGACUGUGAUUGUCUGUAACUCCAAGCAUGAAAGUACCUGGGGAGAUGAGGAAAGGCAUGACAGAAAUCCCUACCAUCCAGGCACAACAAUGAAGGUUAGAGUUAAAAUGACUGGCAACCUGUUUGAGGUGGAACUGCCUGAUGGAGAGGAGAUCCAAUUCCCUAAUAGAGAAGGCCUGGAUGUCAUCAGUUAUGUUAGGAUUAAAGGUGAUUUUAAGCUCACCUCUUUCAAGAUCUAUUGAUAUCUGUAUUUGAUCAUAUACCAAGAUGUCUCAGAUAUUGUGGAAAAAAUGGAGUGCAACAAUAAAUUGUUUUUAUCUCUA